UGUACCAGGUUGAAGACAAGUCUAGAGCCAUCGGAGCCGGUAAUCGUAGAUCGAGCUGCCUACUUCGCCGCUGCAGAUCAUUCCCCGACCUCGUGGUCGCAUCAAUCCCGACCAGUCAUCUUCCUCGGGCCCCCGCUUCUCCUGUUGAUAUCUUUCUUUCGUUCCACAACUGCUUACCCUUCACCUAAUUCCAGGAGGGAAGUCGAAGUAACAGAAGUCGAUAAACGAGGAGACGGAGACGGAAGGAAAAGCGAUUCUUCUGUCAAUCGCUUUUCCUCUUCGCAUUAUCUUGUUUCGCUCAUAUCUUUUCUGUACUCCUGAUCGCGCUCUUGUUUUGUUGAAAUCGGCUGAGUGGCAGGAGCAGUAUUUACAUGCAGGUAGAAUGGGUAGUGGAGGAAAUGUCCUUUCUGCGAACACUUCAAUGCUCAUGGAAAGACAAAUCAACAACCACCAUAAAUAUAAGAGUUUCUCAGCUUAUAUAGCAAACAAGAAAAUAAUACUUACACAAAAAACCCUCCUGGCCAUAAAUUGGAUCUGCCAAUGCUACCUCAGAAAAGAAGAAGACCCCAGCAUGCUUGGUUCAAUAUUGUUCAGAAACAAUUCAGAAUCUAAAUUCAGUUAUGUGGCUGUAAGAAGAAUGGAUUUCUUGCAUCUGAGGUUUCAUAAACGUGAUCUUUAGGAGCAACUCAUUUUUUCAUCAUGUCCAACUCUAUUUUCACGAAACUAUUGCUGGCUAUUGCUGUGUGGUGCAUAGCAUAUGUUGCUGCCGCCUUAGUGUUCUCUGUUCGAUUCUUCACCGGGCAUGGUGCUACCAGCAUGAACUAGUUAAGCAUUCCGAGCAAUGGCUAGCCGAUCGCUGCCCCCGCUCGACUCCAGGGAAGCCUCCACUCCGAGCUGUUCAUUUCUGCUAACGCCAUCACCGGCGAUGUCGGAUCACCACGCCGGUGGCUCGGCAUCCAAUCACUCCCUCGCCUUCCGUGUAAUGAGGCUUUGCCGGCCAUCAUUCCAGGCGGAGGACAGCGUUUUUCGCCUUGACCCCUUCGAUCUCCUCGCCGGAGAGGAUCUCUUCAGCAACCCCCACGUAUCCUCCACCAUCAUUGAACAAGCCGUCCACCGCCCAAAUUCAUUGAAUGCCGGCGAAGGAGGAGAUGAUUUCAGCUUCCGCGGCCGAUUCGAGCUUCAGGACCCUAGCGAUGCUAUAGGCCUACCCGGAUUCCUUAUUCUUCCUCAGUCCUUUGGUGCAAUAUAUCUCGGAGAGACCUUCUGCAGUUACAUUAGCAUUAACAACAGCUCCAAAUUUGAGGCAAGGGAUGUAGUUAUUAAGGCAGAAAUUCAAACAGAAAGACAAAGAAUUUUAUUGUUGGACACAUCCAAAUCGCCCGUUGAAUCUAUAAGAUCUGGAGGAAGAUAUGAUUUCAUCGUGGAACAUGAUGUUAAGGAACUAGGACCUCACACGCUUGUUUGCACUGCGCUCUACAAUGAUGGUGAUGGGGAGCGUAAAUAUCUUCCACAAUUUUUCAAGUUUGUUGUUGCAAAUCCCCUUUCAGUCAGAACAAAGGUUCGCACUGUGAAGGAGAAUACUUUUUUGGAAGCAUGUAUUGAGAAUCACACAAAGUCAGACCUUUAUAUGGAUCAAGUUGAGUUCGAGCCAGCACCACAUUGGAACGCAUCAAUUUUGAAAGCUGAAGAUUGCAUCCCUGACAACAAUGCCCAAGCAAGCAAGGUAUUCAAGUUGCCUCUUCUUAUAAGAGCUGGAGGAGGAAUUUUUAAUUAUCUCUAUCAGUUAAAACAUUCGUCACUGGAUAGUGGACAAGGUAAGGUUCCUGGAAGUAAUAUUCUUGGUAAACUUCAGAUCUCUUGGCGCACAAAUUUGGGAGAACCAGGACGCUUGCAGACACAGCAAAUUAUUGGCACUCCUUUUGUUCAGAAGGAUAUUGACUUACAAGUUGUUGAAGUGCCGUCUCCCAUUAUAUUGGAGAGGCCAUUUCUGGUGAGCUUAAAACUUACAAACCACUUAGAAAGAACUGCUGGCCCUUUUGAAUUAACAUUAUCUCAAGGAAGUUCCAGUUUACCAAAGUUUGUUAUUAUUGACGGCAUCCAGAAACUGGUACUUGAGCCAUUGGAGGCUUAUGGUUCUACAGAGUUUAGCCUUAACAUGAUUGCCAUUAAACUGGGCGUCCAGAAGAUCUCAGGAAUCACAAUUUGUGAUACCAGAGAAAAUAUACUUUAUGAUCCAUUACCGGACUUUGAGAUUUUUGUGGAUUCAGAAUGAAUUUUAUAGGAUGCUUGUUUCAUGAUAAACCUUGAGGGGGAUACCACCGUGUAUUUGUUACUGUUCAGCAAGCAGUCGACUGAAUUUUACCUGCCUAGCGUAUG